ACUGGUCCUAUUUAUGCCUGCGGUGUGGACACUCCAACAUGCUAGGACAUGAUGGGACCAAACAGCUGCCACGUUCAGCAGGGCAUCAUGGGACUGUUGUAGUACUGUAGCAGCAUCCUUUUAUUAAUUUGCACUGUACACGUGACAGUGGUGCACUGAUGAAAUAGCUGCACAUGGUAAUAAUCAUGCUGAUCAUUAGAAUGAUAGGUGUGAUAUGGUGUAGGCCUGCAUGAUCUUUUAGGAACACUCCAGGAUAUACAGUCACCAGGGUCAUAUUGUUAAGUUGGUGGAAAACGUUUUUAAAACAGUGUAAGUGGUAGCCUCGGCCUACUACCUGUAUGUGUCAGAUUAGAGCUCAGAUUGUCGCGUUCCAUUGCAAACAGUUUUGCUGCGGUGGCUGUGUGCCCUACUAAGCAUGACCCGGGAUGUCCUGCAGAGUGAGGGAAAAGUGCCCCGUGGGACACAGUGAGAGGCUUUUGUCUCUACCGUCAUCAAUACAACCAUACAUGACGCCCACAGGGCCAGCCUCUAGCCCACAGCCCACACCAGCCCCAGCCUUAGCCUGCAGGAGGCACACCAGGGGAGCUCAGAGCCAUGGUUACUCCCACCCCAAUACCCGGUUGGGCAGCAAAGCCGUAGGAUCCAAGGAGCAAGGACAGUGUUGAGGAGUAGAACGACUCCCCAGCCCACAGCCAUUUAGGCCUAAGUAGUGGUUCCCUGAGGACUAAGCAGUCGACUUAACAUUUCCGCACUUCAAUAAUUGGUAUGUCAGUUUCUUGUCAAGUGCAGAGAGAGAUAAACAGACUCAUCCUUUUGGAUGAGUCUGUUUAUAUGAUAAGUACUGUAAAGUAAAGUACAUGUGAGGCAAACUAUGUUGCUGAGGUUUUGUGACUGAGUCAGGGACUUGAUUUGCGGGUGGGCGUGUGAGUGGGGGGGAUCCUAAUCCCUAGCGUCUGCUGUUGUUUUUCAUGCCUGUUGGGUUGAGAUCAAAAACUUAGCGGCAAUAAUCAUGCAAAAUUGUCUGGCUUUCGCUUCAAAGAGAACACCAACAUAAGUUUUACUCCUUUUCUUGUUUGCGUAGUUUGUUUCAUCAGUUCUACUCGUUUUUAUAAAGGGAACCGGGUUAUGUUUGAUAGACUGAGGAUACAAUACAAUGUCUCUGAAAUAAAUGAUAAUAUUAAACCGUCAUUUAAGAGCACGAGUCUAGACUUGGCAUCUGUGUGAGGUGAUAUUUCCCCUGCGUUAGCAGUUUGAGCUCCAACACCAUCAGGGCUGGUGCACAGUGGGGAAGAUGGCCGAAGACCGGCAGAAGUGGAGAGCCUUUGUUGCUGCCCUAUGAGCCAGCCCAGUCGUGAUGGGGAUAAGUGAGUGAGUGGGCAUGGCGGCAGCGUUGCCCAGAACACUGGGGGAGCUGCAGCUCUACCGAAUCCUCCAGAGGGCCAACCUGCUGUACUACUACGAGGCCUUCAUCCAGCAGGGAGGAGAUGACGUGCAGCAGCUCUGUGAGGCCGGGGAGGAGGAGUUCCUAGAGAUUAUGGCUCUGGUGGGCAUGGCUAGCAAGCCCCUGCACGUCCGGAGGCUCCAGAAAUCCCUGCGAGACUGGGUCACCAAUCCAACGUUGUUUAAUCAGCCCCUGACAUCUGUACCGGUGUGUAGUAUACCAGUCUAUAAGUUACCCGAGGGGUCACCCACGUCAGUCGGCGCGGAGCGAGGGGGUAACAACAGCGCCCGUGGCGAGACCCAUGUCAAGGUUCCCAAAAUCAUAGCUGCGACAUGUCUGGAUCCAGGAAAGCUGGAAGUGGCCAGGGACAGAGUGUCAGGGGGGUCUCCACUGCAGAGCGGCAGCGAGGGGCGCUUCUGGUCGGGUCACAGCAACGACAGCGAACAGAGCCUCUCUCCGUCCGACCGGGGGUCUCCGUCGUCCCCCCGAGAGGGUCUGGAGGCACUUGACGCUGCAGCUUUGCAGUCUGUCCUGGAGUGUGUGGACCGGAUAACCCCGGCCCUGUCCAAGAGCGACCCCACAGAGGUCAAAGAGCAGCUGAAGACCAAUAAGAAACUUGCUAAGAUGAUUAGCCACAUCUUUGAUAUGAGUGAUGAUGAUCCAAGGAGAGCGGAGGAGGUCAGGAAGUAUAGCGCCAUCUACGGACGCUUCGACUCGAAGAGGAGGGACGGCAAACAACUGACGCUUCAUGAGCUGACAGUGAACGAAGCAGCAGCCCAGCUGUGUAUGAGAGACGUGGUGCUACUGACCCGUAGAGACGAGCUGUUUGGUCUGGCCAGGCAGAUCUCCAGAGAGGUCACCUACAAAUACACCUACAGGACCAGCAAGUCUCGCUGCGGCGACAGAGAUGAGCCGUCUCCUAAAAGAAUCAAGACAGAGGAGAACUUCUUUGACAUCCAGGAGGCUCUGCAGGCCAUCCACAUGAGACAGGGCAUACUGAGAGAACAGCUAGCCUGCGCCAAGUCCAAAGGAGAGGAGAUAGUUGGGAGAAACCUUCAGGUGCAGUUGGACCGUCUGUUAGCCAGACAGAUGGAGAUCCUCCAUGAUGCCGCGGUACAGGAGAGGUUACACGCUCUGGACUGGAGGAUACCUGCAGGGGCUUUGAAAUACCUCAGCGAGGCUCCAGGCACCAACGGCACGUCGGUAGACAAAAGCACAGAGCACCAAGGUAACGACGAGCGACCAAUGAACUUGCGGGUGCCCAGUAAGAGUGUGGCGGAGGGGGAGCUUCCCCUGGGGAAGCAGCUAGCCAAUGAGCUCAAACGAUUCCAUAACAACCAUAACACAGAUGAGGCCAAAGCACCAGCAACAGAAAAUGGAUCCUCGCAUCAAGCGCCCAACCACACUGACAGAAAGACCAUCAAAUCAGAACCAGAGGAUUCCACAUAGUGCCUCCCAUCUUUCGUCUGUUUCCCCAUGCGGUUUUAGUCGUCAUUUACACUUUUUACACUAAGCAUCUAUCUCAGUCAAAUCAAUGGAUACUAAAGCAAGCACAGCCACAGUAGAGCCUUAACAAACCAACGUUGCCUCAAAAAUUUAUUUUCUUUCAUUUUGUCUAAGGUUUUUGCCAAAGCGUCUAGAGUAGAGCAUAGAUUCAGUCACGGGGAAAACUGAACGAGGAUGUCCUUUCACAGGAUAACUUUCAUGCUGUAUAGGCCUUUAUGUAUUUAUUGAUUGAUGUGCAUGAUAUUAUUUAAGAAUGAAGGGUCGGGAAAGUAGCCUUGUACCACAAUCCUGAUCUCCUGAGCUUACAUUCUGUUUCGCUACAUGAAUUUGAAUGAAGUUAAGUGAAACAAGAGCGCAGCGGUCAGGAUGGUCAGGAUAUGAAAAAGAACAAAAAAAUACCCCAAGGUAUUUUUGGCUUGUCGUGUUCGAUCGGUGGGUAACUGAUGUACUGUAAAGAAUACAGUAGGAUUCUGUUUUAAUCAGAGGUGGAAAGAGAGCUAUCUGGAGAGGAGAAAUUAUAGUUUUGCAUCAUCCUACUGUAUGUACUGUAUGUAUUUAUGAGUGGUACUGUAAAUUAAACUGAGGCUGCAUCAUUUUUUGUGUAUAGAUCUCCAGUUAGAGUUCAGAUCAGUGUUAUGGGAUAGGUUGGCCCGGAGAUGGACUGGGACCAAAAAUCAGCCCUAUCAUUUAAAAAAAACUUUGAUGCCCCCACACCGGCCCAUUUCUUUCCUCAAGGCCCCCAUAAACAGCCCAUUUUUUCCCCAUGAUAAUUGUGCACAAAAAAACUGUUUAGACAGGCACACUAGUCACAAAAAAAUGACCAGCCCAUCUGGCAUUUGCCCGAAAUGCCAGAUGGCCAGUCUGCCCGUGGGUUGGCCUAGACAAAUCGAGUUUCCUUGAUAAGUCUGUCAAACACAUGAUGUUGUACUGUAAGAAUGCACAUUUGAACCUCAACACAACAUUAAUUGAGUUACCCAUUGUAUUGAGUAGGGCCCCUGGUCUGUUAUUAGGGCUGGGAAUUGCCAGGGACCUCACGAUAUGAUAUUAUCACGAUACUUAGGUGCCAAUUCGAUAUGUAUUGUGAUUUGAUACUGCAGAGCCAUGAAAGCCAUGAAAAAAUGUGUUUUGAUCAGUCAUGUGAAUAAAAGUGCCGAAAGGAUGUUAGCUCACCAUUUUAAAAGAAGAUAGAUUACAAGCUAUAGAAGGGACGGCAGGGUAGCCUAUAGUGGUUAGAGUGUUGGACUAGUAACCGAAAGGUUGCAAGUUCGAAUCCCUGAGCUGACCCUGAGCUGUCGUUCUGCCCCUGAACAGGCAGUUAACCCACUGUUCCUAGGCCGUUACUGAAAAUAAGAAUUUGUUCUUAACUGACUUGCCUAGUAAAAUAAAAAGGGGAAAUACUGGAGUUUUUGCGCAUGUACAGCUAACAAGCACAAAAAUAACAUUGUGAGAUUGUCCAAAAUAAUAUUGCGAUAUAUUGUCAAAAAGAAUAUUUCCUGAUAUGUAACUUCUUGAUUUCUUCCCCGUUAUAUUGUUGCGCUCCAGAAAGUUGUGUUUUAAUACAUAUCUCACUUGUUGGACCGACAGGGCCACUUCGGCCUGUACUAUUACAAGAAUAUUUGCCUAAUCCCAAAAGCAGAGUUUUGUCAGUGUAAUGUUGGUGUCAAUCUCAGUACUGUGUUUAUGUGUGUAGAGCAAAAACCGAAUAACUGUUGUUAGAGAAAACAAGUGAAAGUGUCUGGUAUCAUAAGAUGUUCAUGUUACACAGCCUCGUAGUCUUAGAUCCUACCAGUGUUUCAGCUGUGACCACCAAUGUAUAAUUCAAGAUGUUUGUAUGUUAGAAUUAGCUCUCAGAUGGUUGUUUAAUGUUGUGUUUCCAAAUGUGUAAAUCUGUCUUGCUAUAGAGUCUGUUUGUCUUUUUUGGCGUCACCGCAGUCACAACAGUUUUGUAAUAAUAGUCUCUUUAGGUCAAAUAGACUGCAACAAAUGCAAUACUUUUGUAAGUACUGUUUAAGUACUAAGUACAUACUUUCUGGGCCCACUGUCUGCUCUGUUCUGUGCUAGGUGACUUCUCCUGUCCUCUGUACUGGUUUAGUUUAAUCAGUGUCAUGUAAUGUUCACAGACCAACGCAUGUCCAGCAGUGUGAUAGACAGCCAAGAUGUUGAUAGUACAUUGAUUCGUGUUCUUAUCACUGUUAUCGUAAGUCAUCGAGUUAGCCCAGGCUUGCCUACACAGUAGAUAUGCACCUGUUUUUUUUAAACACUAAUAUAUUUUAUUUGUUAUACAGCACAUAAACAUUAUUAAACUUUAUUUUUUAUGGUG